AUGAUGGAUGAAAAUCCAACACGGAGUCAUCUGGGUCGUGAGACGGUGAGCCGAGUUCUUCUUCAAACAAUUCAACAGACAAAAGUCCAAGGAAACCUUCCAGGGGUAUCUGGUGAGGCCAAGCUGCGAAUCCCUUCAACUUGCCUUUUUAAACGAAAUGAAAGGUACGCCAGUAUCAAUCUAUUAAGGGAUUUUUGA